AUGUUUCUUACUUACUCACACAAUGUCGUCGUCGGCGCAUGCGUUGCACUGGCUGGAUCAUAUCUCAUACUCCGCAUCAUUUACAACCUCUUCUUCCACCCUCUGGCCAAGAUCCCUGGCCCCAAGCUGCCCGCGGCAACAUCUCUGUGGCUCUUCUAUUCCGACUUCAGAGGCCAUGCCUGCGACGACAUCUUCAAUCUUCACAAACAAUAUGGCAAAAUCUCACCGGACGAAGUGUCCAUCAAGGACAUCGACGCCUUUCACAAGGACAUCUACGCCCAAAACACCAAGUUCCAAAAGUCGGCGUACUACUAUCACGCCUUCCACAGCCCAGACUCGAGCGUCUUCUCGGAGACCAACAAGGAGAUCCACGCAAAGGAGAAGCGCCUGAUGUCCCACGCCUUCUCCCGUGCCAACCUCGUCGGUUACCAGAAGAACAUGUACGAGAACACCGCUUCGUGGAUAGGACGGUUGAAAAGCUACGCAAAUGUCGGCCGCGUCAUUCCCCUGUGGCACGCCACGCAGUGUCUCACGCUCGACACCGUCUCCGGCUUCAGCUUCGGCUCGAAGGCCGGGGCGCUUGAGGCGGAGGACUUUUAUCACCCGCUGUUUGUCGGGUUCGAGACUUUUGCGCCGCUUGUCGUCUUGUUUCAGCAGUUCCCGCUUUUGAAGCCCAUAUUCGGCGCUUUUCAAAAGUUCAUGUCUUUUGGUUUCGGUCCUAUAAACCAGAGCUCGGCAAAGGCUCUUGACCGUCUCAACGAGAAGAAGGGACGGCAGGAAGAAGAUUCCGGGAUGAUCAUGUUCGACAGCAUGGUCGCCCGCGCCGAGAGCAACGGAAUUCACAUCAGUCCUCAACGCCUUGUGCAGAACGGAAGCUUGAUGCUCGGUGCCGGGACCGGCACCACCGCUUUGGUCCUAACCACGGCUAUCUACCACCUCAACGCUCAACCCGAGGUGUGGAAAAGCCUUCAAUCAGCUCUGUUGGAUCGAUUUCCCGACUUCCUGAACGAGCAGCCCGACGUCGUCCAACUGGAGAAGGUCCCGCUGUUGGAAGCAUGCAUCAAGGAGGCCAUGAGGGUCAGCAUACCAAUUCGGGGUAGAUGGCCACGCGAGGUACCGAAGGGGGGCCUUGACAUCCACGGCCUCUACAUCUCUGAGGGGUACAGCGUGUGCUCCUCCGCAUUAUUAUACUGCAACGAUCCAGAUGUCUUCCCAGAGCCAGACAAGUUCAAGCCGGAACGCUGGCUCGAUGCCGAGAACGCUCAUGACAUGCAGCGGAAUCUCGUCGUCUUUUCACACGGAUCGAGGGCUUGUAUUGGCCAGAACUUUGCUCAAAUUGAGCUGAAGAUCGCCCUCAGCCAGGUUGUGAUGAACUUGAGCCCUGGAAAGAUUGUUGAUCAGGAGCUUGGGUUUCACGCUCAUAGUAUCACUUCGCCAGAUGGGCUAGCCGAUGUCACGCUCCGACUUUCGUAG